CUUGGUGAGAAAUAUAUACCAGUAGAGUGAAGACGAGUGAUGAAGAGGGAGAGGGGGAGAGAGAGAGAGAGAGAGAGGUUGAAGCAAAAACUGUAGAAGAAACUUCCAUAGCUUAUUCUUCUUCAUCCUCUUCUUGUUCUUCUCUUUUAGCUGAAAAUGACUAAAGAUAAUGAUGAGUUCAAGCUCCUCAAGGUUCAGACUGUCACGCUCAGGGUUAACAUACACUGUGAUGGGUGUAAGCUUAAAGUCAAGAAACUCCUCCAAAAAAUUGAAGGAGUUUACUCAGUGAGCAUAGAUUUAGAGAACCAGAAAGUGACAGUCUCUGGCACUGUGGACUCCUCCACCCUCAUCAAGAAGCUAACAAAAUCAGGCAAGCAUGCGGUGCUCCUCUCCUCUCAGAAAUCCAACAACCCGGCCCAACAGAAGCCCAACCAGGCCCAGAAUCAACAGAAAGCUCCUCACCCCAAUGCACUCAAAAACACCAACAAUAACAGUAACAAGAACACAACCAACAACAAAAACAACAAUAACAAAGGCCAGCAACAGGGCAAGCAAGGGAGCCUAUCAGGCCUCAGUGCAUUCAAAGCCCAGCCCAAUAAUCUCCCCUCCUUCAGCUCAGACGAAGAGGAUUUGUUGGACGAGGAUGAUUACGACGAUGAAGAUGAUGAUGAUGAAGAGAUGAGAUUGAUUAAUGAGAAGAUGAAGCAGAUCAAUAUGAUGAGGCAAGCCAACAAUGCAGCUGCACAAGCAGUAGCCAAUGCUAAGAAGAAUGCUAGCAACAUUGCAGGCCAGAAGAAAGUCGGCCCGGGCCCAAAUCAGCCCAAGGCCCAUAGUGGGAUUCAUGGGAUGAUGGGUCCUGGCAUGAAUGGCAUGCCACCGCUAAAUGGAGGGCAUCAAGCCAUGAUGGGCUUGGGGGCUCAUCAUCAUCCGCCACCAUCCAUGAUGAUGAACAUGAGAGGUGGGCCCACGAACAACAUGAACAAUAACCAUAACACGAUGAUGAUGGUGAAUGAUCAGAGGUAUAUGCAGGCUAUGCAGCCUCAGAUGAUGUACCAUAGAUCUCCUCCGAUAUCUCCCUACAGUGUUUAUUAUAAUAAUCAGUAUUAUAAUCAAGCUCCUUACUAUAGUAAUCAACCAUCAGAGAGUAGCAGUGACAUCUCUCAUAUUUUCAGUGAUGAGAAUGCCAAUAGUUGUGGUAUCAUGUAAGAAAAUGUGAGGAGGUUGUAUUUGGUAGGCUAAGAUUGUGUUCUUUUUUAAUUUGUUAAUUAUUAUGUUUUGUAAUGAACAAGUGCAAGUUUUCUUGUUGAUGGGGUUUUUGAA